CAUGCCUUUCGGGCAAGGGUCAUUGGUUCGUGUCUGGGGCGAUGACUGCGCCCAUGGUGGAUCCAUAUACUUACAGAUGUAAACAUUGAAAAGUUCAGGCCUCCAGUGGUUUUGGAUCUGCCAGGUCUAGACUGGCAUUAAGCGUUUCGUUUGCUGACAGUGCCAUGGCUCAUGGAAGAAAAGGAGGGGGGAAGGAAGGGAAACAACCACAGUUGGGGACAAUCCUGGACCAGCAGGUUGAGAGCCUACUAUGAACCCACCUCAACUACAUUGCCUUCUUCAGGAAAUGAACUAUCCUAAAAGAGCUCCCCUCAGUACACAUAUGCUGGGAUUGGAAUGCCAAAGGUUGUGAAUUUGCUGAGUUGAAAGGAUGUCUGACCCAGCUGCUGAGGCAAAUGAAACUGAUGGACUCAUAACUCUUCUGAGGCUGAAUUCAACACCUUCACCUGCUAUGGAAAAUAACAAUAUAGGAACAGAGGAAUUUCAUUCAUCUGGGAAAAGUUCUCCUUACAUCUUCAAUGAAGAAUUUGUGUCCCAUUACAAUGUGAAUAGUACUACAGCUUCCAACAUCCUAAAUUCAUCCUGGGGGGAAGACACCAGUGCCAUAAAACUCCAUGAGGAGGGAGCUAUUCUUUUUGCUUGUCUAACUCAUUGGACCUGGAGUCAUUGGCUCUUCCUUAUUGCAAAUGCCAUCUUAUUUAUUGCAUAUUCAAUACCCUUCACUGACGGAGUGAAAGCAGUGAUUGUGAGAUUUCUUCUAUUUGUUGGCUGUGCCUUCAAUGGACUUUGGGGUUGGAUGGUUGUUUGCUCUUUUGAUGCUGUGAUCUUCAGUGCUGUUUUCAUGCUUCUUCACUUCAUCCAUCUCAGUGCUCUUGCAUACCAACUGCAGCCCAUCAAGUUCCCUCAUGAGAUUGAGCAGGUCUUCCUGAGGCUCUUCUUUCCAUUGCAAGUGAGCCGUUCCCAAUUCAAGAGGAUCCUUACUGGUAUUAAAGGGGUGGAUAUGGUCAGUGCCAAAGAGAUUGUGAUUCAAGAGGGCCAGUCUCAUGUGGAAAACCUUUCUCUUGUUCUCUCUGGGAGAUUUUUAGUAUCACAGAAGGGGCAACAUCUGCACACUGUAUCUCCCUUCCAGUUCCUUGACUCACCUGAGUGGUUCACUUCUGCUACCAACCAUAAGUUCCAGGUUUCGGUGAUGGCUGUGGAGAACUCCAAGCUCUUGAUAUGGCAUCGAGACAAGCUGAAGCUGACCAUCAUGUCAGAUGUGUUUCUUCAGGCUGUGUUUGACCAUAUUCUUGGUAGGGAUGUGGUCAAGAAGCUUAUGCAGGUGCAUAUGGAAUCUUCUUCCCUCAUUUGA